UUGUGUUGAGUCACGGUGGGAAGUUGGCCGAUGUCUCCCUAAUCAAAUGGACACUGGAGGCGCACGGCUUGGAGCUUCCAACUGCAUUAGUUUUUGGCGACACGUUCCAUUUCAUACGCGACGCCCACCGCCGAAGACCCGUCACACCGGACAAGCACCCACCAUCGUGGGCUUUGGCGGACCUUGUGCAGUGGCUGAAGAUACCGCCUACACUUCCAGCUCAUCGUGCUGGCAAUGAUGCGAAGAUGACAUGGGAUGCAUUGUAUCACACACUGGAACGCUACGGCGACGAGGAUCUGACGCCCCGUGAGCAGCUUGUCUCACGCUUCUUUGACGAGGAGGCGAGGGAGGUCAUGGGCCAAAAGAAUAAACGACAUUUUAUUGAGUCGGAUGGGACGUUGGCUACGGAAAAUGCGAAAACCGAGGCUUCUAUGGGUUUAUCGUUGGAUCUGGACUUUGAUGAAAUUUUUUCGCCUGGUGGAAAGCGGAAAAAUGCCGAAGCCUCUUUUACCGUUUCCGAGGCGAAAAAGGAGGAUGAAUACACAGAUACGGAAGGAAGGGAUGAUAUUAGGCGCCGUGCACAGGAAGUGGAGCAGCACCCCCUCGUUCAAGAGUUUUUGAUUUAA